CAGAAGCUAUAUUUAAUUUACGUUUGCAAAGUUGUCCUAUAUUGUUGAUCUUUAAAUAUGUUUUCUUCUCUGUCACUGCAUUUUAAGAUUACUACAUAUAUAUUUACAAUUGCUUUUGAAGUAUACUGUGGUAUUACUGAAAAAUCCAUGUUGCGUUUGCUGAAAAAAGAGACAUGUCCAUUAAGAGAAAAUGUUUUGUUUGAAGCAUUUUUCACAUCGGCAGAUUCAUGUGCAUUGAAAUGCUUACAAGAGCCGUUCUGUGUUGGUUUUAACUUCUGUGAAGACAUAGCGAUGAGGGACGUAACUUGUCAAUUAACCCACACACGUCCACUGAAAUAUGAACAUUGCACAGAUAACAAGUGGAGUUUAUAUGAAUUGUUAAAUCCACAAAGAAAGAUACCAUACAACAAAGAAAAGUUGUGCGAAAAUGGCGGAAUAACGACUGUUGACUUGAGAGACGGACCUGGUUCUGAUCCUUAUAGAUGUCAAUGUUCUUUUGGCUUCACAGGGGAAAAUUGUUUGCAAAAACUAGGAUUUUCAUCAUGCAAAGAAGCAUUAAAAGAUAACAGUUCAAAAGAUGGUGUAUACUUGAUAAAAACAAAUACUUCACUUGGCUACAGCAAUGUUUUCUGUAUGAAAACAUAUCAGUGUUCUGAGAAAGCUGGACGCUAG